CCAAAGGGGGAGGGAAAGGAGAGGAAAGGAAGGGCGGGGGGACAAGUUGGGAUUUCUCCCUCUCUCUUUCUCUCGGGAUUUUUUUUUUUAAUACUGUUCUGGAGAAUUCAAAGCAAAACAAAGAAACUUCUUCCUCUGGGGUAGUCAGUGAGAAAAGGACGAGUUGUGCAACUGAUUUGGGAUUUACAAAAGACAAGAGGGUGGGGAUCASAAGAAGGUGCAAAGCCAUAAAGUACCUUUCUGCAUCUAAGAUGGUGAAGAAAGGAGUGAGGAAGAGAACAAAAUAACUACUGGAAAGUCUCAAACCAGGUUGGGGAGUGUGUGUGCAUGUGGGGGGGGUGGGGAAGGGAAAAAGGAAAGAGGAUUAACCACAGCAACCCCCCCACCCCAAAAAAAAAAAAAAAAAAAAACCAAACCAACAACCAACAGCUCUUUUUUCUGAGGGAGGACUCGAAGGAUUAAAAGGCAGCAACUUCUGAGGCGAUUUGUCCCCUGAGUUAUGGAUGUUGGUGCACUUACUUCAGGCCAGAUCAGAGCUCAGAGGAAUCUAACCAGAAGCAGCAACCACCGUCUCUCCACUUGCCUUUUACCAGGUUUUACCCUUCCAGUAUGUUUCAUUUGAUAAGACAUUUUCCAGCGCCCAGAGUUUCAGUACAAUGUGCAAAUGGAUACUGACAAAUGGUGCCUCAGCCUUUUCCCACCUGCCUUGUUGCUGCUUGCUGCUGCUCUUCUUGGUGUCUUCUGUGCCUGUCACCUGCCAUGACCUCGGCCAGGACAUGCUGUCCCCGGAGGCCACCAACUCCUCUUCUUCAUCAUCCUCCUCCUUCCCCUCGUCCUUCUCCUCUCCUUCCAGUGCGGGGAGACACGUGCGGAGCUACAAUCACCUCCAAGGAGACGUGCGCAAGAGGAAGCUCUACUCUUACAACAAGUACUUUCUCAAGAUCGAGAAGAACGGCAAGGUCAGCGGCACCAAGAAGGAGAACUGCCCCUUCAGCAUAUUGGAGAUAACAUCAGUAGAAAUUGGAGUUGUGGCAGUUAAGUCUAUUAAAAGCAACUACUAUUUAGCCAUGAACAAGAAAGGAAAAGUCUACGGCUCUAAGGAGUUCAAUAGUGAUUGCAAAUUGAAGGAGAGAAUAGAAGAAAAUGGAUAUAAUACAUAUGCAUCCUUAAAUUGGAAGCACAAUGGAAGGCAAAUGUUUGUGGCCCUGAAUGGGAGGGGAACCACGAAGAGAGGACAGAAAACAAGAAGAAAAAACACUUCAGCUCACUUUCUUCCUAUGGUUGUCAUGGCAUAGAUGAAUGGACUAUUUUUUGAUGAAGUUGAACCAAAGGCUGUUGUGUCAAGAAUAUUUGAUAAUACUCUUAAAAGGUAGGCACAGAAAAGUAGCACAGACAUCUGCAUGUUUGAAAUGAGAGCAGGGGAAGCCUUUGAAGGUUUUGUACUUAUUGCUGGCACAUGAAAUACCUUUAUUUAGUUCGUUGUAUCUUAUAAUCAAAAUGCAAGCUGGAUCAAAGGGGAUGGAAUUUAUUGCCAGUGUGAACUUUUUUUUUUUUUUUUUUUUUAAUCACUGCAACAGACCUUGAUGGACAUAAGGCAAUCUGUUGUGUGAUCUUCAUGGGGAAUGCUAUUUAUGGAAUACUAACUCAUAUCAAAGUCCUUAAUUGCUCAUUCAAGCCUAAUGAUUCAAUGAACAGUUAGACACACAAGCAUUUACUGGAAGCACUUGGGUCAUAUGCACAAAUAAUGACAUUUCUGGAGAAGCCUUGUGGACGAAUGGAUAGGAUAAGCAAAGUAGUGUAUAGCUGUUCUAACAAAAUGAAUAGUAUGGUUUGCUUGUAUGUCCUAAAUUCACUUCUUUUUAUUUCUCUCUAAGUUAUUUAUUUAAUAGGAUGUUAAAUAUCUUUUUUAUUUGAAAYGUUUCCUCAUUUGCUUUUUUCUUAUUUUCCCUUUUUCUUAGUACUUCACAGAGAGGCGGAUAGAUUAAAAUGUCAAAACCUCAGAAGUACUCAGAAAAUAGGUAUUAGACAAGGCUUUAAAGGCAGAAUUUAGCGUGUAUAAUCCACUUUUUUCCUAAACUGUCUUGCACUUAAGCAAAAGACCAAACAAGCAGUGCUUGGAUUUAUGGUAUUAGGUGUYUUUAUAUUGGAGAAAUUUUUGUACUUAUCAGCACUCAUGAACAAACUUCAAGAAAUACUUUGUUCAAAGGGUCUUUCUGCUAUUUUGAAAUUGAGAGGAGGGGCCACAUCUGUACUUGGGUGUCAAUGCAUCUGUGUGCACAUUCAUCUGAAUUUGAUUUCAGUUUGGAGCUAGGAUCUGACACACUGCAACUGGUGUGACAUUCUGCAAUACACGUUGGGCUGGAACCUGGAUGAGGGCAGCCCGUUAAAAUCACUUGGAUUGCAAGCAUUAAAAUAAAACAGUAAAGUGUCAUUCCUAAGUGUGAUGUUUGGCCUCUGAAGAGUAAGCAAGAAAGCAAGUCCUGCACUCCUUAUUCAAUUAACACUCUCAUUCAAACCAUUUGCCGUUGGUACCAACUUGUAGAAUCACAGGCACAUAGUGGGAGCGAUAUCUAACUGAGGGCUGCUAGACAGGAGAUCCAAAAUCAUGCUCAUGCGUUUUUCAGAGAUUAUUACUCACAUGUAUAUUCUAUAUGAGAGCCAACUGAAAAGCUGUGCUGGUUUCCAGCUUUAGCAUGCYUUGCAUAACCGUCA